AUGGCCAAUUCAACAAGUUUCAACAUGACUUUGCUAGAAGCUUCGAAAUUCAAAAUUAAUACUCAAUAUUUCUCUCCUCACGAUUUAUCUCUAUUCGUCGAAAGUUUAGAGACCAUAACACGUUUGGCCCGCGAAAAGGAGGAGCGCAAAGAACAAAAGAAAUUGCAAAAAUUGAAUAACUUAAGCAAGAAGUUUUGUACCUUGCCUCGCAUAAGUUCUAUUUCAACUUUGGAUUCCUCCUCUACUGGAGCCUCAGGAGAUGAAGAAGAAAUUUUGCUGUUGGAAAAUAAAAAAGUACCCAAGAGUCCCGAUAGCCAGAGAUCUGAAUAUGAUGAAACUUACUUCUCGGCCCCUAGCAGUACUCAGUCCUCACCACGCAAUAGUGUCAUCUUCCAACAGCAAUUGUCCAAAAACAGCAGCCAUUCUACCUUGUCCAUAAUCACCACUUCAGACUCAGAAGAAUCUGGUGUAUUUCCCAUCGGUACUUCCUAUCAAGAUCUCUAUGAGCCCCAGAAUACCACCAUAAGACCUCGUUCUAAAGUUAUCACCAAAUCUCGUUCUAUAUCCACACGUUCCCGCCUAAUAGGUUUGGUUAUGAAAAAGGACUCCGCCAAAGUACCCUCAGUAGAACUUAUCUCUCAUCGUCCCCUAGAUGAAUAUGAAACUUUGGAAAUGUAUGAGCAGGAACAACAGCAAAUGCUCCAAGCUGAACUUGUACAGGAAUCAGAGAAAUUGGCCCGUUUCUCUACUCUACACAUGAAGAAAAAGUCUCGUCAAGGUUUUGCCUGUCCCGAUGGUUCAUCGGAAGAACGUUUCUUGGAUAAGGCUUUGCGUUAUUUGACUCUGUAGGUUCAUUUCUCUUUCUUUUUU